GGGAUGGUGGCUGCUGGAUGGGUUAUAAGGAGCUUCAGUCUCCUGGAAAGGGAUCAGUUUUCCCCUUAGUCACUGUCUUCUCCCUCGGUAAUAGCUUCCUGUCUAACUGGCUGGGGGUGAUUCGGGGUGACUCAGGGGUACCCUACAUACCCCCAAAUUCCUUGGAAAGGGCCAGAGGUGGUGUGUUACAGAUCCUUGUCAUAAGCACCCAUAGAAGGCAGGGAGGUCUGUGAAGGGAGAUACUUACCCCCUCCCCCAUGGACAGAGAGGGGUCCUGGUGUCUAUGAAGGGUCUGUGGACAUGAGGACCAGGGUUGCCUGUCCCAGUUCCUGUUUCUGCUCCAGCCCUGGGGCUCACUGCAGCCUGGCCAUGUGCCAGCAGCACAGCAGCAGGCUCAGCAGGUCCCAGGGGCGUGGCACUGCCCAUUAGUGGAGCCAGCCUACACUGGUUCAGCAGGCAGGCUCAAAAGCAGCCAGCCACGAGCUUGCCGGCACAGUCCCCCUGGGACAGGGAUGGCUGCGUUUUCAUCAGAAGCCCAGUGUGGGAGUGAGGCCAUGAGCCCCCUCCUAUACUAUGCCCUGCCCACACUGGGCUGCUAUGUCAUCCUCUCCAUCUUCUUCCUGCGGUGGCCUCGCCUGCUGCACACACCGCGGCCUCCAGCCUUCCUUAUCCGCCUGGCUGCCCACCGUGGAGGGUCUGGAGAGCGACUAGAAAACACCAUGGAGGCCAUGGAGAAUUCCAUGGCCCAGCGAGCUGAUCUCCUGGAACUGGACUGCCACCUAACCCGGGAUGGUGUGGUCAUGGUGUCACACGAUGAGAACCUGUUCCGCCAGUCAGGCUUGAAUAAGGAUAUGAGCAGCCUGGACUUUGAGGAACUGCCCCUCUACAAGGAGGAGCUGGAGGUUUACUUCUCACCAGGCCACUUUGCCCAUGGGUCUGACCGGUACAUGGUACGCUUGGAGGAUGUGUUCCGGAGGUAUCCAAAGAUGCCCAUGAGCGUGGAGAUCAAAGAGAAUAAUGAAGAGCUCAUUCACAAGGUAGCCAACCUGGUGAGGUGCUUUGACCGCAGUGAGAUCACUGUCUGGGCCUCAGAGAAGAACUCAGUCAUGAGAAAAUGCAAGGCUGCUAACCCUGAGAUGCCAGUGGCCUUCACGAUAAUGCGGACAUUCUGGAUGCUGUUGCUCUACUAUCUGGGGUUACUGCCUUUCGUCCCCAUCCCUGAGAAGUUCUUCUUCUGCUUCCUACCUACCAUCAUCAACAGGACCUACUUCCCAUUUUCCUGUGGGUGGCUGAACCAACUGUCAGCUGUGGUUACAAAAUGGGUCAUCAUGAGGAAAAGUCUGAUCCAACACUUGGAGCAGCGAGGGGUGCAGGUACUAUUUUGGUGCCUUAAUGAAGAGUCAGAUUUUGAAGUGGCCUUCAAUCUGGGGGCCAGUGGUGUCAUGACUGAUUACCCUAUGGCCCUGAGGCACUACCUGGACAACGUGGACCAACAGCUGUAGCUUCCUAAGUCCGAGGACCUGUCCUCUCUUCCUGAAAAAUAAAAUUAUUUUGUCAGUAACACAGUUGCUCUUGGAGUGAGGGGUUGGAGGGUGGAUCCUUGGAGGGUGACAGUUUAUGGGUCAGGGAUGUAACUCAGUAUAGAGUACUUGCCAGCAUGAGUGAGGUCUUGGGUUCAAUCCAUAGCACACACAAAGGUGCCAUCUUAGGAGAGACCAGGUAAACCUGGGGCCCUAACCAGCCUGGCCCACUUGUUCCACUACAUUCCAGACUCAACAGUGUCACCACACCCUGUGCCAACUUGGCCUCUACUCUGAGGAAUGUCCCUUGCAGUGCCAACCCAGGUGUCAUGGCCCCUAGCCUCUAGAAAACCACAGAUAAGUUAUUAAGAGACCUAGUGAGGGACUUGACUUCCCACAUUCUCUUGCUGAUGUCUCUCCAUCCACUGAGCUGCAAAGGGUGGGUGUGGGUGGACAAGCUCACAGGCACAAAGCCUUCCCCACCUGCCAACUGUCCACUCCCGGGUCUCCUCCAGCACUGAAACCUAAUUCACUUAAUACUCCCAAUGCAGAAAUGCUUAUCAAGAGCCUACUGUAGGCUUGGCCGGGUACUGGGGUUCUGCAGUGACCAUGACAAGUUUAAGUACGGGAAACUCACACAGACGUUUCUACUGCGGCCAGAUCCCCAACAGCCUGGGGGAGCAUCAGACGAUGAUGCGUGGAGGUGAAACUGGCUCCUAAAGCUUUGGUUCCUGGGGGUCUAACAGCAAAGGGCACCUUCAGCU